AUGGGUAUCCCAUUUGUUACACAUGCAUUCAGAGAGAAGAUGAAGCUCAUUGUUGCAGAGUUUAAAAAACUGCUCCAGUACAAUUUAACUUUCAUUGAUAGAGAGUUUUCAAAAAAAACUUUCAUUGAUAGAGCUCGAGAAAGCUCAACCGCAUCCUCUGGUACGGAAAUCACAUCAGCUAUUAAAAGCAAGCUGAGAAAAAUGAAAAAUCUGGAAUCAAGCUCAAAGCAAGUAGUAACGGUUAUGAACUCAAUAUGUGUUACAUUGGAUCAAAUGCAUAACCAGCUUCGGAAAGCUGAAGAAACAGAAGGGAUAAAGGCUUGUGUAAAGCAACUAAAGGUCAUUGUUCAUGAGCUGGAAAAUUUACAACCAGAACAGUAUGUAACUGGCACUGAGUUCAAUCCAAUUGAGAUGAAAAAUACAAUUGAUCUUCUUCAGCAAUUGACAGAAACUUGCACCAUCCGAAGAGAGGAUUCAGCCAAAGUUGUUGGUUUGAAAAUCAAAGAACAAGAUUUGGUCUUGAAUCUGACUGCAAGCAGUGAUAAUGCUUCGAAACUUUGCAUUGUGGGGAUGAAAGGUGUGGGGAAGACAGCUCUGGCAAAGGCAGUUUGUUAUAACAAAGUUGUUGUCAAGCACUUCCCAACCCAAGUCUGGGCAACAGUAAUUGCAGGAGCAACCGCAACCAUGAAAGUUCUGCUCAUGGAAAACAACGGGACUAAAAACCAAACAUUGACCAUGAAACAGGUACGUGGUCAUUUGAAAGAUAAGCUCUGCCUUGUUGUUCUAGAUAAUGUCUCACAAAAAAGUGAUUUUAAUAACCUAUAUAAAAUUUUAUCUGAAUCUGGAUGGAGAAACGGGAGCAGGAUAGUGGUGACAACAUGCUUUAAAGUCAUUGCCUCGCAUGUCGACAGUAGUAGCACCCCUCACCACAUUCGACUGCUAACGAAGGAAGAGAGUUGGGCAUUGUUUCAGAAGGUGGCUAGUAUUGAAACAGACGUAAAAAAGUUAGAACUAAAAAAGUUAGAAAAUUUUGCAAAGAAGGUAGUGGGAAAAUGUGGGGGAUUGAUAUUAGCAAUCAUAUCUCUUGGGUUUGUCAUGUCAGCAAAAGACGUAACCCAAGACAGCUUAUCGUGGGUGUUUCAACAACUCAAUCAUGGCCGUUACAAAACGCAUUGGCUGCAAGCUUGGAAAAAUAACAAGGAUGAAAUGAGUGAAACUGUGAGGAACUGUCUCUAUUACUUUACAAAAUUUCCAUUAGACUAUGAAAUCUCGGCAAGGAGAUUAGUCAAUCUAUGGGUUGGAGAAGGAUUGGUGCAAGUACAGAACGAUCAGAACACACCCGAAGAGACUGCAGAAAGUUACCUAGAAGAGUUGAGAGACCGUAGCAUGAUUCAAGUUGUAGCACUAAAGCCCAAUGGCAAAAUUAAGACAUGUUGUCUUCCAAGUAUGCUCAAAGAAAUUAUCUUGCAAAACAAUAGCAGAACAAACCACAGUCGGUAUUUUGGUAUGCAUUUAGAUCAGCGGUUUGCCUAUAAUUUUGAUGAUGAUGGUCUUGAUGCAAACUCCGCACAAGCAUUCAGAAAGAAAGGAAUCCCCUUGUCUGUUCUUUUCUUUGAUAAGGGAGAGGGAAGUAAACCAGGAGAACGUGUCGGGAAUAUCCUUUCAACAGGCAUUGCAAGUGAGCAGUUCCUAAAGACCAGAGUUCUUGAUCUUGAAUGCAUAUUCAGACCACAGUUGCCUAAGAAUUUAAGUAAGCUCAAUAAUCUCAAGUAUCUUAGCUUGAGAUGGACUUACCUGGAGGAAUUACCCCUAUGCAUAUGCAAACUUCUGGAGCUGGAAACACUGGAUUUAAAGCAUACAAGUAUCAAUUACAUCCCUAGCUCAAUCUGGGAAUUGAAGAAACUGAAGAAAUUAUAUCUUCCUCAAACUCAUCGAAGUAAACUUGAGGGCAAGCUGAGGGGAAACGUUAACGAAACUUUACAGACACUAUGGGGCGUGUUCUUGUAUGGGAAUUACCCUCUUCUUAGUCACCUUCACAAGCUGAAGAGCCUUCAAAAAUUAAAAUUAGCUUUCCAGUUGAAUGGAUCAGAGCAAGAAUCACAAAAUACACUAGCACAGAAGAUUGUGAACCUUGAACAGCUUCAUUCAUUGUCACUUAAAUCCGUGGAUGAAGCUGGCGAUCCUGAUAAACUUAUAUCGAUUAAUAUGUCAAAGUUGGAGAAGCUUUCAUCCCUCCGGUUGUAUGGAAAAUUAGAGGAAAGACUUUUGUGA